UCGAGUGAAAACGAGCUUUACGCUAUGCGUUUCGGUUGAUCUUUAUUUUGGUUUUUCGAAAGAAGGAGCAUGGAGAAGGAAAAACUCGCGACGGAGCAACCAGCGAGCGGUGGGAGGACGAAGAAGGCGAAAAAUAGCUGUCAGGAGGUGAGGGACGAGGAGGAGCAGGUGACAACGGCGGUGGCGAGCGAUCAAGCUCAACAGCUCCAAGGGAUGGCCGAAAAAUUGAGCCUGGAGAUACAGGGCAUGAGCAAUUACAAGCAGCUUUACAGCGAGAUACAAAGGAUAGUAGCGUCGUCUGCCGUGAAAAAGGACGACUUCAAGAAUACACUGUUCGAGGCUCUGAAGAGGGAGGGUUUAGAAACCGAGCUAAGAAAUACCGUCUUCCAUUGGAUGAGGUCGCAGAGGCUCGACGAGCCCAAAGAGCAAGCCAACGUCUACGGGGCCGAUUUGAGCUAUCUGAAGAAGGCGCAGAUGCAGUGGGAGCGUCGAAUACAGAAGUCACUGAAUUCCAUGUGCAACGAGCUGAAUAUACCGCUGGCGCGGCUGAGGUCCGCGGCGGAUCGCGACGAGCUCGCGGAGAAGUGGAACGAGCUCAGUACCUGCGAUUUUGAUCUGGGACAGUACAGGCCGCUGUUCGCCCCGAAAGACUUUCUGGAGGUGCUGUUUUCGCUGAGAGAUCCGACCUUCAAAAAGCAGCCAAACGAGCUCAACUGGGAAUUCAGCCACAUACAGAUCAAAGUCAAGACGCUCGCUCAGUUGCGCGACGUGUACGAGGAGUUAUCCCGCGGCGAGCCUCUGCUCGGCGUCAACGGCAACGUGCCCAGCAGCCUCGCCCACUGCCCCAAUUUCGAAGCGGAGCGCAUCCAUCUGGGCGAAAAAGUCCUCAAGGCCAAUCACGCGCCCGUCGCCCAGGAAUUUCUCAAGCGCGGCUGUCCCCGUGCGCUGCGCGGCCGUCUCUGGUCACUGGUGCUGGGCUCGGUGGUGCGCGACGCCGACGCCGACUACUACGACGAGCUCAAGGCCAUGGUCCUGCAGUACGACAUCAUGGUGGACAAGCUGAUCAUCAAGGACGUCCAGCUGACCGCGAGCAACGACGACCAGUACUUCGUGUUCGAGGAUCUGCUCUACAAGACGAUGCUGAGCUUCUCGCGCGACAGCGAGGUGCUGCCCUCGGUGACGAGGGACAAGUGCGCCGGCGGCCAGGUGAUACACGCCGUGCUCCAGGGCAAGCCCGCCACGCUGGAGAACACCCUCGUGUUUCCGCCGAGCGGCGUGAUACCCUUUCACGGCUUCACCAUGUACGCCACGCCGUUCUGCUAUCUGUACGACGAUCCGUGCGCCAUUUACUUCACCUUUCGGGCCUUCUAUCUGCGCUACUGGUUCAGGCUGCACACGGUGUCGAGCCACGAGCAGGGCAUCGUCGCGGUCUGCCUGUGCUUCGAGCGACUGCUGCAGUGCCACGAGCCCGAGCUCUGGGCCCACUUUCGCAAUCUGCACAUACCGCCCGUCAAGGUCGUGUUCAAGUGGCUGAUGCGGGGCUUCAGCGGCCACCUGCCGCCCGAGCAGCUGCUCUACCUCUGGGACCUGGUGCUGGCCUACGACUCGCUCGAGAUCGUCGCUCUGCUCGCCGCGACCAUACUCAGCUUUCGCAAGGACAAUCUCAUGCAGGUCAACACGGUGCACAACGUCGAGGCGGUAUUGGCCGAUUUGUCAUCGAUCAAAGUCAUGCCGUUGCUGCAGUUGAGUCUGUUGAGAGAUUGAGGUCGAGCUGCUGCGUC